AUGACGGUGUCUUGUUGUGGCUUUAAGGCCCAUCUGCUGAUGGGUGCAGUUUCAUUAGAUGAAAGAGCAGGCUGUGAAAUGAUCACAGCCACAGGUGACCGACCAAGGAAAACCCCUCUGUGUGAGGGUGGUACAUACGUUCCUCUGGCUGGAUGGCAAAGGUCUGCAGCGAGCUGUGUUGUGUGUUUGCUCUUUCAGCUCUAUGUGGCCACGGAGGCCAUCCUCAUCGCACUGGUUGGGGCCACUCCGUCGUACCACUGGGACCUGGCAGAGCUCCUGUCCAAUCAGACCCAUGGCAAUCGGUCAGCUGGUGAGGCGCAGGCCUUCGGGGACUGGCUCCUGACGGCCAACGGCAGCGAGAUCCACAAACACGUGCAUUUCAGCAGCAGCUUUACCUCCAUCGCCUCCGAGUGGUUUUUAAUUGCCAACAGAUCAUACAAAGUCAGUGCCGCAAGCUCUUUUUUCUUCAGUGGUGUGUUUGUUGGAGUUAUUUCUUUCGGUCAGCUUUCGGAUCGCUUUGGAAGGAAAAAAGUCUAUCUCACAGGUUUUGCUCUUGACAUCUUAUUUGCUAUUGCAAAUGGAUUUUCCCCUUCAUAUGAGUUCUUUGCAAUAACUCGCUUCCUGGUGGGCAUGAUGAAUGGAGGCAUGUCGCUGGUGGCCUUUGUCUUGCUGAAUGAGUGUGUGGGCACCGCCUACUGGGCACUUGCAGGAUCCAUUGGCGGCCUCUUCUUUGCAGUUGGCAUUGCCCAAUAUGCCCUGUUAGGAUACUUCAUCCGCUCCUGGAGGACCCUAGCUAUCCUGGUUAAUCUGCAGGGAACAGUGGUCUUUCUCUUAUCUUUAUUCAUUCCUGAAUCACCUCGUUGGUUAUACUCCCAGGGUCGACUGAGUGAGGCUGAAGAGGCUCUGUACCUCAUUGCCAAGAGGAACCGCAAGCUCAAGUGUACUUUCUCACUCACACAUCCGGCCAACGGGAGCUACAAGGAGACCGGAAGUUUCCUGGAUCUGUUUCGUUACCGGAUCCUCUUAGGACACACUCUGAUCCUGAUGUUCAUAUGGUUCGUGUGCAGCUUGGUGUAUUAUGGCCUAACUCUGAGUGCAGGUGAUCUAGGUGGAAGUAUUUAUGCCAACCUGGCCCUGUCUGGCCUCAUCGAGAUCCCCUCUUAUCCUCUCUGCAUCUACUUGAUUAACCAAAGAUGGUUUGGUCGGAAGCGGACAUUAGCGGCAUUUCUGUGCCUAGGAGGACUGGCUUGUCUUAUUGUAAUGUUUCUUCCAGAAAAGAAAGGCACAGGUGUGUUUGCGGUGGUGAACAGCCGUUCCUUGUCCUUGCUGGGGAAGCUGACCAUCAGUGCCGCCUUUAACAUUGUUUACAUCUACACCUCUGAGCUCUACCCCACGGUCAUCAGGAACGUUGGGCUUGGAACAUGUUCCAUGUUUUCCCGAGUUGGUGGGAUUCUUGCUCCCUUCAUCCCCUCUCUGAAGUACGUGCAGUGGUCUUUACCUUUCAUUGUCUUCGGAGCCACAGGCCUGGCCUCGGGCCUCCUGAGUCUGUUAUUGCCAGAAACUCUGAACAGCCCACUGCUGGAGACAUUCUCCGACCUCCAGGUGUAUUCCUACCGCAGACUGGGGGAGGAGGCCUUGUCUCUACAGGCCUUGGAUGCCCCGCAGUCCGCAGACAAGGAGAGCAGCACGAUGGGGAGCGAGAGUGAGGAAGAGGAAGAGUUUUACGACGCAGACGAAGAGACCCAGAUGAUCAAGUGAAGAGCCACAGUCCACCUUCAGAAGCAAAGGACCAUCUUCUAUGCCUGGCUAAGGCAGGUUGUCCCAUGAACCAAGUCUAGAAAGACAGGCGUGGCUUGAGCCUACUUGGCAUGGACUAGUGUUUUCAGGCCCAAAGGAAGUUGGAGAAGAGACGUUAUGAAAGACAACACCAGAGUAUUGAGGGAAUAGUCAUCCAUUUGUCCAGAAACUGAAGUCCAGCUCAGAAUCCUAACCUCUGGGCAGAUAGCCCAUUCCAGAGCAGUAGGCUGGUUUAUUUCUAGGGGCUCGAUGAUGUUUUUUCUUCAUCGUGGCCUAAAAGCAGGUUUGUAAGGUAUCUCACCACUUAGGUGGAAUAAGAUGAGUUAUCCUUAAGAUGAAUCUUGAUGCCAUAUUCGACAUCUGCCCUUAAAGAAACCUUCUGAUGCAGGUUGUCUUAAGCAUUUUAAUUGUGUGCCCUCGGAAAGGCUCACAGAGGUCACCGUGAAUUCUGAAGCCAUCAGCCUUCCCUCUACAAUGACCUUGAGCCCUCAGUGUGGUUCCCACCUCCUGGUACACUGGGCUCCUUGUUCCUUGGGUCCCACAGGUGAUUCCCUAGUAAAGCCCACUGCACCAGAGCAGGUCCCUGAGUCAGAGACAUAGCUGUGGCUUCUUGUCAGCUCCCUCUGGUGCUUUAGUUGUGUCAUUUCUUCAUUCUCUCUUCUGCACACCUCCAGAAGCAUUGCCAUCUAAGAUUCCAGUGCCACAGUAACUUUAGGACCGUGUGCAGUAAAUGAUAAAGCUUUAUCACUGCAGAGGCAGUUGAAAGUGACAUGUUGAGCAUUUGGAUAUAUUUAAAAAAAAAAAAACACUUUCAGUUUUUAAUAGGGAGAAAUUAAAAUGAUCUUCCACCAGUUAUUUAUUUUGCUCUCAGUCCUCUGCAUUGGGAGACUUGGACAGCCUUUAUGAAUUUGAACUCUUCUUGUCCUACGUCAGGUCCCACCUACUUAGUCAGAAUUGGAACACACGGUAAUUUCAAAGGAAAUGAUGGUUUUACAGUAAGUGCUACCAGUUUUCAAAUACGUCAGAAUCAUACUUAGUUUCCCAAAAUCAUGUGCUGAAAGCGUGUUUCCCUGAGAAACCUAAACACUGGAUCAAAGAGAAGUAGGAACCUCAAGUUGAGCAGCCUUGCUUUAGGUCACUUUCCCAACCGGGACAAUGUCUGUGUUUUCAGAAUUUCCAUUUCUUCUAAUUUUGUGAAGAAGAAAUCGCACGCAGAGAUGAUGCCGUCAUGAAAGCUUCUGGAAAUCGCAGUGGCGUGAUCUACACCUGGCUCCAUGGGCUCUCCUGCCCCUUUCCACACUGAACUCUUGGUCUGCGCGGAACCAGCCUGCGCCAUCGUAUUUGUAUUUAAGGGGUUUUGUGAAUGUCGUCACGCCCUUUAUUCUGUACUGAACUCUUCAUAAACGGGGCCCAUCUCUAGUACUUCUUGUUUCUCCCUGCUGUGCCCACAACACUGGCUGAGACAUGGUAAGGACCCAAUCAGUGUCACUGUUUCCAGCCGUGAGGGAGAUGUGGAAUUACUCCCAGCGUCAUUUUUGCAAAUCCACGCAUAUCUCACCCAGCCCCCAUAUUGUAGAGUCCUGCUGGCUUCCUCUGGGGAGUGGAGACCUGCUCACUGUUGGGAAGAGAGGAAGAACAGAACGAACGAACGUAGAGACUUGGGGAAGUUCUGUAACCGUCAGGCAUUUAAAAUAAAACAGUGACUUAA